AUGCAUGCCUUCAACCGCCAUCCGAUUGCCGACACCAUACGCGAGUAUUUUGCCCAGGCAAAUGCUCGGGCGACUGCAGGCCAGACGAAUGCAGACGGCGAAAGCUUUGUUCCCCCCGUUGACACCUUUAGCACCGACAACGCAUAUGUCCUCCAUGUGGCGCUGCCAGGAUGUUCCAAGGAGGACGUUGGUGUCCACUGGGAUGCCGACAAGGGUAGCGUCAAUGUCGCUGGUGUCGUAUACCGCCCCGGUGACGAGACUUUUGUCCAGGGCCUUGUCACUGGCGAGCGCCGAAUUGGCAUGUUUGAACGUACCAUCAGCCUGCCACCAGCUGGUGCGAGCGAGAAGGAGGAAAUCGACGGCUUCAACAUCAGUGCCAGAAUGGAGAAUGGACUGUUGAUCGUCACCGUUCCCAAAGUCGAAAAGGAGUGGACCGAGAUUCGAAAGGUGGAUAUUGAUUGA